CCCGGUAGGCUAUAAAAGGAGCGCCCCGCGCGUACUUCGCGCGUUCUCUUUUUGCUGCGUCGUUGUGUCUGCUGUCUCGCGAGUUGUGGGUCCGCCCGCACGACUGAUAGGAAGAUGUCCUCGGGAAAUGCCAAAAUUGGGCACCCUGCUCCCAGCUUCAGAGCUACAGCUGUUAUGCCAGAUGGUCAGUUUAAAGAUAUAAGUCUUGCUGACUACAAAGGGAAGUACGUUGUGUUCUUUUUUUACCCUCUUGACUUCACCUUUGUGUGUCCUACGGAGAUCAUUGCUUUCAGUGAUAGAGCAGAAGAAUUUAAGAAACUCAACUGUCAAGUGAUUGGUGCUUCUGUGGAUUCUCACUUCUGUCAUCUGGCAUGGAUCAACACACCCAAGAAACAAGGAGGACUGGGUCCUAUGAACAUUCCCUUGGUAUCAGAUCCCAAGCGUACCAUUGCUCAGGAUUAUGGAGUUUUGAAGUCGGAUGAAGGCAUCUCAUUCAGGGGCCUAUUUAUCAUUGAUGAUAAGGGAAUCCUUAGGCAAAUAACUAUAAAUGACCUUCCUGUUGGCCGCUCUGUGGAUGAGAUUCUGAGACUAGUUCAGGCUUUCCAGUUCACUGACAAACAUGGGGAAGUGUGCCCAGCUGGCUGGAAACCUGGCGGUGAUACCAUCAAGCCUGAUGUUCAGAAGAGCAAAGAAUAUUUCUCUAAGCAGAAGUGAACACUGGACCAUUUGUGCUGGGCUGUAGUAGUCAGCCAUAAUAACAGUCUCUUUUGUACUUUUUUCAUGUUUAAAAUACAAGAUGAGAUGUGUUCCAUAUAUGCCUUCCCUACAAGGGUUGGGAGGUGAGCCUUAAUUGUAUUGUGGAGCAGAUCAUAUGAUGUGUAUGAUGUACUAGCAGUGGGGCGUCAAUCUCCAUUAAUCUUCGGUAGUGUCUAUUAAACUUGAACUGAGAGCUUGA